AUGGCAUUGAUUUCCUCCGCCGCAAUCACCACCGUUAACCGGGCCUCCCCGGUACAAGCCAACAUGGUUUCACCGUACACCGGUCUCAAAUCGAUGUCCGGUUUCCCGGUUACCAAGAAGAACAAUGACAUUACCUCCAUUGCAAGCAAUGGUUCAAGAGUCAAUUGUAUGCAGGUGUGGCCACCAAUUGGCAAGAAGAAGUUUGAGACACUUUCAUACCUUCCACCUCUCACUCCUGAGCAAUUGGCUAAGGAAGUAGAAUACCUUCUAAGGAAGGGAUGGGUUCCUUGCUUGGAAUUUGAGUUGGAGAAAGGAUUUGUGUACCGUCAGUACAACAGUUCACCAGGAUACUAUGAUGGACGUUAUUGGACAAUGUGGAAGCUCCCUAUGUUUGGCACCACAGAUGCAUCUCAAGUGUUGAAGGAGCUUGAAGAAUGUAAGACAGCAUACCCUAGUGCAUUCAUCAGAAUCAUUGGAUUCGACAAUGUUCGUCAAGUGCAAUGCAUUAGUUUCAUUGCUCACACACCAGAAACCUACUAA